AUGGCGCUCCCAUAUUGUGAACAGGCUAUCCUCUUCCAAACGACACAGUACGUCGCCGCAGAGGUUGCUGAUCAGGAACGCGCAAAUGCUGAUUUUCCGCCCCCAAAACAGCGAGAGCAAAACAGGUCCGCUAUCGAACAUGAGUUGUGGCGCAAAACCCUGAGGGGCAAACUGUUCCUCUCGCCUAUUGAGAAGCUAGACCAUGUUCUAGAUAUCGGCACAGGCACGGGUGAGUAUGCCUUGACGCAUGCCAAUUCUCAGGUAAUCGGUACUGAUUUAAGUCCGAUACAGCCAUCAUACAUUCCAACAAAUUGCCAGUUUGAAAUCGACGACGCUGAAGACGAAUGGCUUUACCGCCAAAAGUUUAGCCUCAUACACAGUCGCGGUAAUCAUCUAUCUUUCCAGUCACCAGAGACGGUCGUAUCAAGUGCAUUCAACGCCCUUGCCAGACAUGGUUGGUUUGAAUCGCAGGACAUUGUGCUUCCUUUGAAAUGCGAUGACAACAGUUGGGAAGGCAGUGCCAUCCAGAAAUGGAACAAUGUGAUUACAGAAUGUUUCCUCCUAAGCGGCAGGAGAUCGUACGUGGAAGAGUACGCACAAAUGUUUCGCGACGUCGGCUUGGACAAUGUGACGGAAAGAUUAUUCGUUUGGCCAGUAAGCCCUUGGCCACAAGGGCCACGAAAUCAACAUUUGCGAGAGCUGAGCCAAAUUGCUCGCCGGAACCUGUUGGAGGGUCUCGAGGCCUUUAGCAUGGUCUUAUUCACGAGAUACGCCAAUAUGAGCAAGGACGAGGUAUUAAAUCUUGUGCAAAAUGCCAAGGACGAUUUCUGGGAUCCAAAAUAUCACGUUUAUAUGCAGGUGUAA